ACUAACUGUGUUAAGUAAUAAAUAGUAAAGAGAUCGUAAAUAUUAUCGCGCAUGUACUUACCCAUGUGUGUCCUUGUUUAAUAGACUGUAGCGCCUAGUGGGCGCGAUGUCUAUAUUUUCUAUGUCAAAGGUACCUAAUCAAAAAACUUAUAUUUUUUACACGUACAGCGUACCUACUUGGAGUUUCAACCAAUCUGAUUCGAACUUUGAAUAGUUGUCAGAUCUUAACACAGUUUGGCAACGUUGUCUUAAAAUUUACAAUUUUGUUGAUUAUUUUGUAUAAAGGUUUUUUUCUUGUAUUUCGUAUUAGCGCUUUUAAACAUACAUCCUACUUUCCCUUUGGUAAAUAAAACAUGUUGGUCAGUGAAUCAUCCGAGGAAUCUGACGAUACUCUCUCACUAAGCCGUAAAGUAUUUAAACCGACAGCCAUAAAUAAUAUUUGUAACUAUGAGCCUGCGAACGAACUGUUAAAUACUAUGGCGAAAACGCACCCAUUUCAAGGUGAUAAACUAACAGAGAACGAUUUGAUAGUGUUAUACAAAAAUUUCGACGUUGGAACCAAGCUUAUGACAGAAGCGAAGGCUUCACAGACAAGACCUUCUAAUCAAUAUGUUGAAAAUAUAGUAUAUAAAGACGACGUGGAGUCGGAUGACUCUGAGAUUGGAGACCUCAACAAUCCUGAUGACAUUCGCGAUAUGUUCAUAAUAAACAGUGAACAAAUAGACCUAUUUGAUAACAACACUUCAAUAAACAAUCUUUCUCAAAAAUUUUGUAAGGUCGAUAUGCGAUCGUCCACGGGAGCCAAGGCUUAUGACAAUCAAUUUAUUUUCAAAGAUCCAUUUAUUCGAGACCAGAUAAGAGGACUUCUAUCUGACACAGACAGAUAUAAAAAUGACAGUUUUUUGUUUCCUAGCUCAUUAUUAGAUUACAUCUGUUGCAAACGCUUAGAAGACAAUGGUGAUUUCUAUAUGGAUACCAUAAUAAAAUAUGUGCAGAAUACUAUAGAGCACCUGAAACGAAUAAGUAAUGGCGACUAUUUGACCGACCGAGCAAAGGAAAAGUGGAGGGAGGUGAAUGACAUCGCAGAAGUUACUAAAACUGUUUUAUGUAACUCCAUAAGUAUUCCAAUACGCAUUGAUAGAAAAACAAAUCUUCUAUGCAGCACAAAAACAACUUGGGAAGACGGAGUACAUUCUGAAGUAGAUUUUAGAUAUUUAUCCAAAAUAUUGGAAAAGAAACUUGUAUUAGAGAUACCAAGAAUAAUUUGUGGUUCUUUGAAAUUGUUUGACCAGCAGAGCAAUGAAAAUCUUAUUAUUCAUUGCAAGAAGGAAUCUCCUCUUGGUAACCACAAAAAAGAAUCUGGCGUAGACGUUGUUUUAAAAUUAGAAAGAUCAGCAUCGGGAAAAUUAAAUAAACUUAAUUCUAUAACGAUUCUGCAAAACUGUACAGCCUUGGUACCUUACAUUGAAAAUCCCUUAAAGGUACUUACUAUGUCAUCGCAAUAUGAAAAUGAAGUCAAUCAAGAGUUGGCGGAUGGUAGAGUUAUAGAACUAGAUAAUGACGGUGUUUUAACAAUCAGUGACGGGACGCCAGAAAGCAUGAAUUCGACAAAUUAUAAUAUAUAUGAAGAGUCUAUUAUUGGUAUUGAUACCGAUGAAAGCAUUUCUUCAAGAUAUAGCGAAGAAAGAUACCGUACCUUGAGUGGAUAUGAUACGAUAGAAUACGGCUCUAGAAAUAAAUUAUACAGUGAUGAGCAAACGGAGGCUAACUUAAGUGUGCUGAACCCUGAUGAGUUAAAAUGUAAUGUGGAAAGUGUAAACCAGCAACCUCCAGUGCUUGAAGAAAAUAUAAUACCCGCCUCUAGUAAGAAGUCACCUAUGAGAGUAAGAAUUAAAUCACCAUACGAAAAUUCUUCACUGUUGCUGGAGGAAAAGAAGCGGAGGAGACUUUUAGAAAUACGACAACAUCGUGAAAAUAAAAAAAAACUUUUGAAUGAAUAUACUAAAAUAUCUAAACAUAAGAAGGGUAAUACUGCAAUAAUGGCCCAAGCUUCAAAUUCUGUGACUAAACUUUCUAUUACUAACAAGUCUUUUUAUAAUUCAAUAUACGGCCAGGCCAAGAAUACUGAAAAAGUUUUAAAUAAAAACCAAAAAGUUAAUAAAAAGGAUCUGAUUACCGUGAUGGAACAAGAUAGCUGUGAAGAGGUUAUUCUAAAUAGGUCCACAACAACGGAUGCAUAUAAAGAAAAGUACAUAAAUCAUAGUUAUUACUUGGACGAUGCGGAUACACAAGUUCAACAUUUACAAAUCAAACAGUCGGAAAUGAACGACUCGGGGGAGGCUUGCCCAACAUCGACGUCGGUGGUAUCCCGUUUUAGUAAUAAUUCAAUUCCUUUCAAGAGUACUAUAAACACAAAUUCUAGCACCACACAUUUAAGAUACAUGGAGCCAGAAGAUGUGACAUUGUCAGAAAAUAAUGGUACUAAAAAUAUUGCGAAUAUUGGUCGUAUCCUAUCACCCAAAUUAGAUGUGGCUAAUAUAACUGCAACCACAACGUCAGUGGAAUGUAGAAAAAGUAUAGAUAAAUUAUAUAAUCUCAUAAACACAUUUGGAAAGAAUGAUGAAAGGUCCCUCGAAGCGCGGAAUAUGACCACUCAGGAUAAUUCUGCAAGACAAGAUCAAGAAAGCAUUAAUUCUAUUAUUCAGCCCAGUGAUAGUGGUACCAGUAUCAAACACCGCAUAACCAGUUCAAUACCAAGCUGCUUUAGUUUCGAUAAAACGCCGAACCAUAACGCUUCGCUUAAGAAUAUUGUCAAAAAAGAUGAAAAUAUUAAAGUAACCGUAGCUCCAAAAGUCAUAAUAAGCAGUAAAACACAAGCUGCAAAACCCAUUGAGGAAAAAGGUAAAAAAGAUAAGAGGUCUAUCACAAGUCCAAGAAAAGUGAAUGAAAAUCCACUGAAAGCUAUUUCACAAUUAUUGCACAAAUUUGAAAGUGUCCAGAAGUCUCGUCACAAAGAGGCUCCAGAAACAAAAGAAAACAAAAAAGUUGAUGUUCCUAUAUAUAGCAAAAGUUAUCGUCGACAAGUUUCUUUCAAGAAGCCGAUGGAAGCAGAUCAACAUACGAAAGAAAACGAGACUCUUAAUAGAACUAACAGUUAUGAGAGAAGACCUAAAUUGCCAAGUCCUCCAGUUCAAGCUUUGAGAUACCGAAACACAAAAUUUUUUGAAGAAAAACAAAAUGAUAAAUUAAAUAGACGUAAAAUAUCGGAUAUUAUAGACGAAGCUAAAGAAGCUAAAGGUGAGGCAAUCAGGGGACCGCCUAAAUUUGCAUCACGAAUAGACAGUCUGGCUCAACCAAAGAAAUCAUACAUUCAAAGUCGUCAUGACCAAUAUCAAAGUCGGACCACUAAAAACAUUACACAACCAAAUAAACCGAAAAUUGUAGUAAACACUCCUAUUCCAGCGGCCACUGAAAAAUCCGUAACACAAAAUGUAAGAUCAAAACAAAAAAGAACAGAAAAUGAAGUCUCAAAUCAGAAAUUUCAAUCCAGUAUAAUAUCACGUUUAGGAUCUCGGCGGUCAGCAAGCAGCAGCCCCGUCAGAAGCCGCAAAGUCUCACCAGUGUCAGCUUUCGCAACGUCCUUUAAAUAUAACGUACCAGAUACACCAUUAGAGACGAAGAUGGUAGCAGUGGAAUCGUACGUAAACAAUCAUUAUGGGCGUGUUUCCCCAUCGACUGAAUUGGAUUUACAAGACAGAGCACAGACUGCACGUGUUCCACUGAUUCCUACAGAUAUUGUUACAGGCUCCUCACCUUCAUCCCCGGCUCCAGAAGAAUCCCAAACACUUGGGACACAAUUACAUUCUAUGAUUUAUACAAUGUUAAAUGGAACCAAUGCAGCGAGGUGUGAUCUAGGUCGAUCAAAAAAUUUAGACGUGCAAAAUUUUGAUGAAACGUUUUCAGACAAUAUAGAACAAGACGGUGAUGUGAUAUCAAAUACCGAGUUUGCUAUUGACGUUUCUGGAGAUAAAAAUAUAGCAACAGCUGUAUCUAGCUAUAACUCUGAUUUUAGCAAAAUACAAUUUGGUAUUCAGCCUUUUAACUCAUCAGCUGAGUUAGCGAGACUAGAGACUGCAUUAUACCGACGUUUAUCAGGAGGUAAUUUCAGUAAACGCCUGAGAAUAAAAAAUUUGACAUUGACGCCGAAACAUUCCUCACAGCAAAAUUUUGUAUUGCAAUCGGGUGAUGCUGGACCGCUUAUGAUUAGAUCAACAGUUUCGCAAAAUUUUAAUUGUAUUUCAAAGAAAGGUCAAACCGUGUCUGAAUUAAACAUUCGAACUGAACAUUCGAACGUAGACUGGAGCUUCGUGAAUUGCCCAUUGCAAGUUGCCACCGUAGCAUAUGCUUUGCCUGAGACUUCUGUUGAAAACAUAUUAAAUGGCAUGAAGUUGGUUCAAAAAACUAUAUCCAAGCACACCAGAUCAGAUCGAAAACCCGAAGUCGCUUCGCAAAAUGAUUACAUUAAUUUAUCUGAAAUAGUCAACACUAAUUUCGACACAUCGUUAGAGAAUAAUGAGCAAAAUGGUAUUCAGACAAAUGAAAAAUAUACAGAAAAUGAAGAUUUUUUGGCUGCUAGAGCUGAAAAAAGUAAUGAAGACAAUGUCAUUAAGAAAUUACACAAUGUGACGUCAUUAGAUAUACUUGUUGGUCUGCUAAAUGAAAUAAAGAACAUAACUUCAUGUCAAACGCACAUAACUCAAAAGGACGGAAGUUCAUAUUAUGACAGGGACAAUAUAGGACAAAAUCAGUUAAUGCAUAAUGAAACCUCUAAUCAAAAUAGUUCAGAAUUCAUAGAUUCACAGGGACUUCUUGAAACACCACCUUGCUUGAAUUAUGGUUCGACAAACGCAUCGAGCUCGAACAAUGAUUAUUCAUUGUGUAUUUCUAAGCCUCUCCAAGCAGAUAAAGAGGUUGCUGUCGACAUUCCUGCUCUCGAACUUGUGCACACAUUUACCGAUGUACCAUCGCGUUUCUUCCAAAGCUUUACUAAUCGGAGUAUAUGUGUUGCGAAUUCUGUUGAUAGUAUUCUGAAUGAACCCUCUCAUCAUUCUUCUACUUUCUCUUUAAUUUCCUCUGAUUAUGAGACACUUUAUUCGAACUCAACAUUAAACAAAAUUAUUGAACUUCCUCAAAAAAAUCCGUCUAGAUUGCAACUUGCGUUAAAGGAUGCCGUUAUCGAUAAAAAGUUAGUUGAGAAUAAUACAAUGCAGCUUAAUAAUUUCAGAGAUGCUGAUCAAAUGCUAAAAACAAAGAGAGACAUUUUGGUGACUGUUUAUUCAUUAUUUGUUUUAACUGUAUUUGCUGCCUUGUCCCUUCCCGAAUAUUUGCAAUAUAUGUGAAUACUUGAUAGAUACCUAUUAUUAUUAUUUUUAUCAAGGGAAUGUAGGAAUAAUAUAAUUGUGAUGUCCAUACUAUUGUUCUAAUUAAAUUAUUAAUAAAAACGUAUUAUUUUU